AUGGUGGUUUAUCAUUGUUGUGUUCCAAACUGCACCGCAUCAACUAGAAAGUUUAACAAACUGCAUAAGUAUCCUUGGAUGCAAGGUGUGACAUUUAUUUCUCUGCCAAAUAAGAUAAGGAACGCAAAGGAAAGGCGAGACUGGUUGAGAUUGAUUAGGCGGCCGAAUGAUUGGACUCCAACGAAAUACACACGUAUUUGUUCACUGCACUUUGAUGAAAACAACAACAACACUCUACCAACAUUGUUUCCUCACAACAAUUUCAAGAAGCCGUUGAGUGAAAGAAAAACCAGCAAUUCAACACAAGUUGGAACAGACAAUAACCUUGAAUCUCCAAUGCAUGCAUGUAAUUCUGAUCAUCAUCAUGGAUCCAUCCCUGAGAGCCAAGUUAUCUUUUCAGCUAUACCUUAUGUUUGUGGAGAAGUCGAGGUCAUUAGCACAGAAAAGUUUGUUACAACUGAUUAUUUGCCAGGUCAAAGAUAUGUAUCAAAAUUAAACCAUCCCACAUGUAAGCCAACUAAAGAGCAUGACUAUAGUUAUCACAGAGAUGAUAAAGUGAUUGUAGAUUCGUCUACUCAAACAGAAGUUACAGCUAAUGAUAUCAGGCUACUGGAACAGGAAAAUAACAGACUCAAGCAUACCCUGGAAGAUAAAGACAGCUUGUCCAGAGAAAUUUUUGUUAAACAUGUUACCAAAGAUGACAAACAUGUAAAGUUUUACACUGGUGUUCAAAAUUUCGCUAUUUUAAUGGGUAUUUUCCAGCUUCUUAUGACCAAAUGUUCCAAGUUAAAGUACUGGUCUGGCAAGGGAAGUGUUAAUGACAAAAACUACCAAACUGGAAAUAGAUUAAAGCCUGGACCACAAAGGAAAUUGACAGAUUUUCAGGAAUUUAUACUUACAUUAGUACGUCUUCGUCUUGGUCUAAUAGAUUAUCACUUAGCUGAUAUUUUUGGAAUCUCAAAGACCCGUGUUUCACAGAUAUUUACAACAUGGAUAACAUUUAUGUCAGGUUUAUUUGGAAAACUAAUAAAAUGGCCAUCAAAGCAACAAGUCAGAAAACAUAUGCCGCAUUCAUUCAAAAUGUUAUACCCAAAAACAAGAACUAUAAUUGACUGCACAGAAUUUUUUUUUCAACAUCCAAGAUCUCCUACAGCACAGGCCUCAACAUAUAGCACUUAUAAAUCAAAAAAUACUGGGAACUGGGAAAUGUCUUUUAGGGAUCUCACCUUCUGGAACCUUCACUUUUGUUUCAGACGUUUAUGGCGGCAAUGUAUCAGAUCGUUUUAUUACUGA